AUGGCCAAGUGGCUUCGGGACUACCUGAGCUUUGGCGGUCGGAGACCUCCGCCGCAGCCGCCUGCCCCCGACUACACAGAGAGUGACAUCCUGAGGGCCUACCGGGUGCAGAAGAAUUUGGACUUUGAGGACCCCUAUGAGGACGCGGACACCCGCUUGGAGCCGGAGCCCCCUGGACCUGGAGACUCCAAAUACGACUCUCCGAAGCACCGGCUCAUCAAGGUGGAGGCAGCAGACAUGGCGAGGGCCAAGGCCUUGCUGGGCAGCCCUGGGGAGGAGCCGGAAGUGGACACUGAGUAUUCAGACCCCUUUGAUGCCCAGCCUCAUCUGCCACCCCCAGAUGACGGCUACAUGGAGCCAUAUGAGGCCCAGCGAGUCGUAAGUGAACUGUCACGCAGUUCGGUCCAGCUGUAUGAUACUCCCUACGAAGAGCAGGACCAAGAGCCAGGGGACGAGCUCCCAUCUGGGUCAAGGCAUCGGCAGAGUCGACUACCCCAGGAGGAUGAACGACCAGCCGACGAAUAUGAUCAACCCUGGGAGUGGAAGAAAGAACACAUCUCCAGAGCAUUUGCAGUGCAGUUUGACAACCCGGAGUGGGAAAGGACCCCAGGUGUGGCCAAGGAGCUCCGGAGACCACCGCCCAGAAGCCCCCAGCCCGCCGAGCGCGUGGAUCUGGCCCUGCCCCUGGAGAAACAGCCCUGGUUUCAUGGCCUUCUGAGCCGGGCAGAUGCGGAGAACCUCCUGUCGCUGUACAAAGAAGGCAGCUAUCUCGUGCGGCUCAGCGAGACCAGCCCCCAGGACUGCUCCCUGUCCCUCAGGAGCAGCCAGGGCUUCCUGCAUCUGAAGUUCACACGGACACAGGAAAACCAGACUGUGCUGGGCCAGCACGGCGGGCCCUUCCACAGUGUGCCAUCGCUGGUCCUGCACUACAGCGCGUGCCCGCUGCCGGUUCAGGGCGCCGCGCGCCUGGCCCUGCUCUACCCAGUGGUCACGCAGAGCCCCUGA